AUGGCCCCGAAGGUGUCGGCCAUCAUCCCAAGCACUAGUGCUCUGGACCUCCGGAGGAAGCGUCUGGAGAAGCUGCUGACAAAGGCUGCGCCUGGACCCUCCCGGGUUGCAAGUACUCCGGCUUUCUCCGAAGCCAGCAGGUCGUCGCGCCGUGCCCCGCCUGGAGGUGCCCCUUAUCAUGGCGCUCCACCCGUUCGAAUACCCACCACAGAAUCGCGGUGCAGCAACAAGAAGCUUCUUGAAGACUCGAGACUUUGCAGCGCUGGAACCGAUGCUGUGCGCAGCCUGCAGCUGGCAUCUCCUUCGUCUGCUUCGCGCAAGCCAACCGCCUCGUCCCGCCUUGCUACAUCAAGCUCUCAGAAGGUAAAUCCGGAUCGGAUCAGCUCCUUGGUUCGCCAGCUGUUAGAGGGCGAGGAGUCGGACGCUGCGAAUUGGAG